AUGCAGAAUAUCUACCCUAUUCUUCUCUCUCAGCUCUCUCUUCUGCAAAACUCAUGUGAAACAAGUACUGUUGGGUCACUAAAUUUCUUUUUAAGAUGCAACAAAUGGAUUAAAGUUCAAGCUGCCUCUGCCAGAGGUCUGGUUACUAGCCUUCAAUGCGCUGGGCCUCAUUGUCACUGCAGGAUGCCUCCUUGCACUCCAGCCGCCGCCGCCGCCGCCGCGACUACCGUCGUUUCUGCUACUCUCCCUCAAUGUACUGGGAGUAAUUGUCACUGCAGGAUGCCUCCUUGCACUCCAGCCGCCGCCGCCGCCGCGACUACCAUCACCACUACCGUCGUUUCUGCUACUCUCCCUCAAUGUACUGGGAGUAAUUGUCACUGCAGGAUGCCUCCCUGCACUCCAGCCGCAGCUGUGACUACCACCACCACUAACGCCGCUUCCGCUCGUCUCCCACCUUCCAAUCAUAAUAAUUAG